AUGAAUUCAUUCAUCCAAAAAACCACCACUCCUAUUGCUAAUCAAAACGGUACAAGCACUCCAAGUAGCAGAUUCAAGAUCGAGAAACAGAAUAGUACAGGAAAAGCAUUGCAGACAUCAGUGACAAGAGCUUUUUCAAUCAAAAGAUCUUCAUCUAUGUCUAAAAGGUAUGCUAGGAUCCACGAUCAGUAUGCAAAUCCACUUGAUGAUGUUGAUCAUCUUGAAGCACAAGAACAAGAACAAGGAAAAGACUUAUAUAUGGGGAUAUCUAAGAAGAAAAAGGGUAGGGGAAGUAUAUUGAAAACUUAUUUUGAAGAGGCUACCAUUCAUGUGGAAAAAGAAGAAAACAUAAAGAACGAGAGUAUUCUAGCAGAAUGUAUUGUGCCAAAAGCCCCUAACCUCCUCCAUCAUCCGAUGUCGAUCACCUCCCUCCUUCCUUCACCGGCCACCUCUACCUCUGUCGACCUCCACACUCCUUGA